AUGGGGCCUGAGAAGAGUUGCCAAGCAGCACUGGCUCCCACUUUUCCUCCUACACCUGGUCACUACCAUGUCCCCUACCCAAGGUAGGGAGAAACCCACGUAGGCUGGCGUGGGGAGACAUACUGCCAGGUCGGUGGCUACCAGUCUUAUGGGGAUGCUCCUUUGACCACCCCAGCAAAGGUAGAGGCAGAGAAGCCAGUCCCCAGAGGAGCACUCAAGCGACCUCAUCCUGUGGAAAUGUCCGACAAAGACCUUGGUUGCUCCAGUCCUAAAAUGUGACGCCUGGAGCAUGAUGGCAAGAGGCUGACCCCACAGAAGCUGGCUGGCUGGGACGCUCUGCUGAGAGAGCAAAUGUUUAACAGCCAGACAGCUAAUGCCUCUUCCUUCAGUGACCCCCACUGCUCACCACCUACCUGUUCUCUGUAUUUAUGA